AUGGCGGAAAAACUUACCGAAAAGCAGGUCGCGGACCUGCAGACCAUUCUGCGAACCGAUGCCUCUGUCGACGCCAAGGUAGCGCAGGUCACAGCCGUCAAGUCUUCGAUCAAACAACACAAUGUGCCCGACACAUGCGUCGCGCCGCUCUUCGAUGCGCUGCGGACCGCCUCGAUGGCUCAGCAUGCGGUCCUCGUCAACGCCGGGUUCACCGCGCUCAACCACCUGCUGACGCGCCUGUCGCGACAGGAGCCCAAGUUCCUGACCAAGGAAGCCGCGCGCACCUUGCCGUUGAUUGUGGACAAGAUGGGCGAUCAGAAGGAGAAGUUUAGGACGCUCGCGCAACAGUCGCUCAACACCCUGUACCAGGCCGCGCCCAUGGACGUCGAGCGAUCGGUGCGCAACACGGCCAUGGUGGGUAAGAACCCUAGAGCAAAGGAGGUCGGUCUGCAAUGGCUGCUGCAGAUGCAUCAAGAGAAUGGCUUGCAGUUCCGGACUUACGUACCCGUGCUCAUGGACUUGCUCGAGGAUGCCGACGGUAUGGUGCGCGACACAGCCAAGACAACCGUCAUCGAGUUGUUCAGAAACGCGCCGAAUGCUGCCAAGUCCGAUCUGAAGAAGCAGCUGAAGAACUUCAAAGUACGACCUGCGAUUGAGCAAGCUAUCGUCAAGGAGCUGGCCCCGACCGCUGCUGGUGUGUCAUCGGCGGCGGCAGACCCCGUCCCUCGACCGGAAUCCGCGCGCUCUGUUACAAGACCUCAGCUAGGCGCCAGCCUGUCGUCCAUGUCUGAGCGUCCGAUCACGCCAAUGCCCGAGAGCCAACCGGAGGCGGUUGACCCCUCAUACGUCAACACCCAGCGAGAGCUGGAUGAAAUUUUCAAGGACAUGCAUCUAUGGUUUGAAGGGAAGGAGACGGAACAGAACUGGAUGAAGCGCGAACAGAGCAUAACAAAACUCAGAAGCCUCAUUGCCGGUAACGCCGUGACGGACUUCCAGCAGCCUUUUCUCUCGGGCUGCAGGGGCUUGCUGGAUGGUAUCAUCAAGGCAAUUGUCUCGUUGAGAACAAGUCUGUCCAAGGAGGGCACCAGUCUUGUCCAGGACCUCGCAACCACCUAUGGCCCUGGUAUUGAUCCCAUGGUCGAGCUGCUUAUGCAGACUUUCGUCAAACUAUCGGCUGCGACCAAGAAGAUCAGCUCGCAACAGGCAAACGCCACGAUCGACACUAUUAUCAGCAAGGUCACGUAUAACAGCCGCCUUAUGCAACAUAUCUGGGGCGCAUGCCAGGACAAGAAUGUACAGCCGAGGACUUAUGCCAGCGGUUGGCUCAAAACCCUGCUCAAGAAAGAAGCACAUCACAAGAGUCACGUUGAGCACACCGGGGGCCUCGACGUUAUCGAGAAGUGCAUUAAGAAGGGCCUGAACGAUGCCAACCCUGGCGUCAGGGAGAAGAUGCGGUCCACAUACUGGGUCUUUGCUGGGAUAUGGCCCGCUAGAGCCGAAGCUAUCAUGGACACGUUGGACUCAACGGCGCAGAAGCUGCUCCAAAAAGACCCGAACAACCCCAACUCCCCUAAGAAGGCCGAGGGUGCUGUUAGGCCGGGUCUCGGAUUGUCGAAGAGCACUAUGGGUGGCUCAAAGCCGUCUCUGAGAGAAACGAUGUUGGCCCAGAAGAAGGCGCUGGCAACCAAAAACUUACCUGCACGACCCGGAUCCGCCAUGUCUCACUUUUCUCCAGUGCGAACGGCAUCAAACACCUCCAGUGCCUCUACCACCUCUACUGCGGCCCAACCAACUAGGAAGCGCGGCGAGGGUACCGUUGCAGUCGGUGGACAUGGGCUUUCUGUGGCCCCCAUGCGCCCAACAAGGAAGCGGCCUGAGAUGGCAGCGAGGCCGGCAACGGCAGGCCCAUACUCAGUACGCACGCAUGAUGGGCCGUCAGCGGAACAACACAGCCCUCCGGAGGCCACGCGGUCGAAGGCUGUGACACCUCGCGUUGCGAUGGCAGGAUCACCCAAGCGCACCGCUCAGAGACCGCGACCGGGUCAUGCUGCUACCGCCAGCGAGUCGAGCCUCCCGAGCCCGUCAAGGGCAACUCACGCUCCAAAGGUGGCCGCCUCGCCGACUGUAGCACCCUCGCCACGUAGCAGCCCUGCCAGAUCAUCAAAGCCGACGCCGCUGCGCGCUGCUGAUAUGAGCAGCCCUUCCAAGGCAAAUGAAGAUUUUACCCUGGUAGUACCUACCAUCGCGAACCUCAAGAGCUCACCACCCAAGGAAGCGUCAGCGUCUCCAGCACCGAUCGACGCGGCUGACGAGGUGGCGACUCCGCAACCUGCCAAGCCCAUACUGGAGCUCGAGGAGGCCACCACCCCUCAAGAGACACCGUCAAAGACUUUGAAAGUGUAUGAAGAUCCAUUCACCGAUAGCCAGCAGCCGACCCCGAAACCGGUUGUCAUUGGGAAUGUCCUGGAAGACAAGCCCGUCAACGAGGAUGCUGCAAACCUGGUGCGCAGCGCCGACAUGACGGCCGACGCCGCUCGGAACGGCACGCUGUCUCCCGAGAAGGCUAAGCAGAACUCUCGCCUUCUUGAGAGCGGCAUUGCCAAGGUCAAGAGCCAGUCUCUGGAUGUGCAUGGCUUCCGCAAGCUUCAGGGCAUCAUCCGCGAUAACAAAGCCCCCAUCACUGAUGACAAGUUUGAGGCGCUUCUGGUCGGGCUGUUCGAGUACCUCGAGGCCCCACUAGAAGACUUGGCGCCCGAGAAGGUCCAGGACGUCAAGGCACAGAUACUGGCUACCGUCCGCUUGAUGCUGAAGAAGACCAGGGAGAACUUCCAGCCGCACGUGUCUCGCGGCCUAGAGGCGCUGCUGGAGGCACGCGCGAGCUACGACUCGCGCACCCAUAUCGUCUCGGGCCUCGAGCUGCUAGCCGACGAGCUCGUCACGCUGGGCGACUCGUCGGAGAUUGCGCACGUCCUGAGCGGGAGGAUGCAGAAGACCAAUAUGGACGCCAGGGGCUGCCGGAGCCUGAGCAUGGGCCUGCACGUGCUCAAGGAGAUGAUCGAGGCGAGGCCCUCCUUCCAGCCGAGCGAGUCGGAGCUCAGCCUGCUGGGCGGUGUGACGGGCAGGUGCCUCGAGAGCCAGGAGUCCGGGGUGAGAAUGGAUGCGGUGCAGCUGUGCGUCUCGCUGCACGCGAGGCUCGGGGACGCCAAGUUCUGGGAGCUCAUCCGGGGUGUCAAGGACGACCCCAAGAGCCUGAUCACGUACUACAUUGUGAAGAGGCAGCGUGAGGCAGGAAAGGCGUAA